GUUUAAAUUACUCGAGAAACAUUAUUUGCAAUUUACAGUUGUGCAUUAUAAACACGCUUCUUUCGCAAGUGUGGAGUCACGUUUUGUUUUCUACGUCAAUAACUUGUUUCAAGUCGUUUCUAAUUGGAAAAAAAUUACCAGUAUUCUAUUUCUCUUCUCUGUGAUUUAAAAUCUACAUUAAAAUGCCGUAUAAUUAUAAUUUUGUGUUUGGUGAUAAAAACGUUCAAGUACCGGCACAUUUAAAUUUUGGGCAAUUCAUGUUGGAACAUAUCCGACAGUGGAAUGACCAAAUUGCAAUAGAAAAUGCUGAUACAGGUGAAAAACUAUCGUACAAAGAAAUCGCACAGUAUGUUGUGAACCUUUCCGCGUCUUUGACGAGCCUUGGAGUCGGAACAGGAGAUACUGUGGCACUCGGGUCGGAAAAACACAAUGAAUUUGUUCCGACUUUGCUUGCAAUUGUAUUGACUGGAGCCACCUAUACACCUUACGAUCUGAAAGUUGGAAAAGCCUCGUUAAAACACAAACUAAGUGUAGUGAAACCUAAAUAUUUUAUUUAUUCAAAUAAGUUUUGGUUGACGUACAGCAACGUCUUAAAGAGUUUUGACUGCAUACAAACGUACUUCACUCUGGAAGACAACAGCGAGGGUGUGGUUUCCAUAAAAAGUUUAGCUUCCAAAUAUGUCGAUGUGGAUCUGUUUGAACCGACGCCGGUUCAAGGACAAAUAGAUACAGCAGCUGUAUUAUAUUCAUCAGGCACUACUGGUAUGCCGAAAGGAGUUCAAUUAACUCACAUGAAUUGUAUACUAAGCAGUCUACCUUCUAACCAUGGUUACAUAGGAGUAGACCCUUCAAUUUACCUAGACGAGGAAGGUUUCUUCAAAACGGGGGACUUAGGUUAUUACGACGAAGACAAAUACUUUUACAUUGUCGAUANUUAUGAUCGCUGCCCGGUCUCGUUCGCCAAGAGAACCAUCCGACAGGGGUCUGUCGACGAAUGGGACUUACGUUACACAACCGAAAGUACGGCAUCGGUCACAAAGAUUUUCUUUCCGAAUGUAAAAAGCUCCUAUAGCAUAAUAAGAAGGCUUGAGGUAGACUCCACACUCACACAGGUUUUCACGGGACACGGCGGGCUCUCACAGUGUCUACAUCGAUUUAGGUGCAAAGAGAGCCCGGCGUGUGUUUGUGAUCCUGUAAACCAAGAAAGCAUUGUGCAUGUGCUGAUAGAAUGUCCAGUGCAUGCAAAAGAAAGAUUUGACACCGAACAACAUAUAGAUUUAAAUAUAGAAGUAAGAAACCUACCAUUGAUAUUAGCAGAUAAGAAAAAUAGAAGCAAAUUGAUCGAAUAUUGUAAAAAAGUUGUAGAUCCCGAAACCCGUCAAGUACUGGGCGCAAAUCGUCGUGGCGAAAUUUGCCUUAAAGGACCUGUUUUUAUGAAGGGUUACAUAGGAGUAGACCCUUCAAUUUACCUAGACGAGGAAGGUUUCUUCAAAACGGGGGACUUAGGUUAUUACGACGAAGACAAAUACUUUUACAUUGUCGAUAGAUUAAAGGAAAUUAUUUCAUAUCAAGGAGACCAGGUUCCACCCACGCAACUAGAGACUAUCCUGUUACUCCAUCCUGCAGUGAAAGAGGCGGGUGUGGUCGGAAAACCUAAUCCAGAGUACGAUGAACUGCCAACAGCCUUUAUAGUAAAGCGCCCAGGAUUUAAUGUUACCGAACAGGAAUUAAUUGAUUUUGUGGUUGCAGAAAUUCGUUUAUCGUACCAUNUCCUGAGAGACGAUACCAUCCGCAGGGCAUUGCAGCCGCCAUAUACAGGUCCAUAUAGAGUAUUAGAACGCUCCCCUGAUGGGAAAACGUUCACACUGUCCAUAAAAAAUAACAAAGUUGUCGUGAGUGUAGACAGACUUAAGCCGGCUUUCAUAGAUCACAUUGAUGAUGAACGGAAGCAAGCUGAGCCUUUGUCUUGUCAGCAAAAUGAAGCCUUACGACCAAUGGAUCUGGAAAAUCCGCCGCUGUUGCCGCUGCCAACAAGGCCGCUGUCAGUUCCAAUAAAAAUUCAAGGUUCAAAGGAUAAAAACCAAUUGAUUGUUAAUGUAUACGAUUUUAAGGUGCGUGUGGAAUAA